CUGUUGGCUUCAUCCUUUCUUCACCACUACAACAACCAGUUAACUCAGCAGUCUAAAAGUCCAUCCUCAAGUUCUCACCAUGUUAGAAGGCAAGGCAGUCAUCGGUGAGACAGACAUGCUUCAAACCAUGCAGCAGAACGCACUUAGCCUUGCUGGUAAGGCACUUGACACCUUUGAUGUCACUGACUCCACUGAAAUUGCUCGCUUUAUCAAAAAGGAAUUUGAUGAGUCGUAUGGACCAGGGUGGCAAUGCAUCGUGGGGAGGGAUUUUGGUUCCUUUGUAACCCAUUGUCAUGGUUGUUUCAUCCACUUCUGUAUAGGCAGCCUCGCUAUCUUACUCUUCAGGGGAACAGCAGAUCGUGAAAUGGAAGUUAACCAGUUUGUCCCAUUGGAGCCACUGAAGGCCUGAACAUUUUUUCCUGUCUCUACUCGAUUUACUUUCGGUAAUAUGCUUGUAAAAAGAGAAACAGCAAUGCAAAGUCAUUUCACGAGUUAUAGUAUCUCAUUGCUCCG